GCUGCCCCCGUUCUUGGUCCCUUUCCCCGAGUGAUGGAAAAUUCCUCUGCGGCUUCUGCCUCCUCUGAGGCGGGCAGCAGCCGUUCGCAGGAAAUCGAGGAGCUGGAGCGGUUCAUCGACAGCUACGUUUUGGAGUAUCAAGUCCAGGGACUGCUGACCGACAAGACGGAGGGGGACGGGGAGAGCGAGAAGACGCAGUCAAACGUCUCGCAGUGGACGGCUGACUGUAACGAACAGAUAGAGGGCAGCGGCUCCACGUCCAGAGGGAAAGGCUCCGCACCUCACAAUCAGACCCAGAAUGGCAACAAAGACGGCUCCCUUGACAUGCUGGGCACAGAUAUCUGGGCAGCCAAUACCCUCGAGCCCUUCAGCGGUGCCACCUGGGACUUGCAGCCUGAAAAACUUGACUUCACGCAGUUUCACCGAAAACUCCACAAUACUCCCAAACAUCCUCUCCCGCACAUAGACAGAGAAGGAAUCGGGAAAGGGAAAUGUGAGGACGGAGACAGCAUCAACCUGAACGAUAUAGGAAAAGUUCUCCCAGCUUGGCCGGAUAUUCAGAAGCGUCUGCGUGUUGAACGAAUCCGUGAGCGUGCCUACUCGAUAAAACUCAAAGAGGUUUAA